AACAUGUGUAAGCCUUUGGAUGCUGUCAGUGCACCCAAAGAUUCAGCCAGCAGCCAAAGAUGUGGUUUGCCAGCUCGAUGCAAAGCACUUUUAGCUGCUUUCACCGUGUUGGCCCUGAGCUCCUUGGCCAUUUUCGAGAUCCGCGUGAAUGUGCUCUUGAUCCUCUACAUGCCACUGGUGAGUGGUCAAUUCUUUGAGUUCGAAUGGCUUCUUCCUUGGCUGGACUCCUACUUAGACUUGGAGAUUUGGUGGAACCCUGAGAAUUUCCAGGCCUACGACCUGCAGGAGAUAGCCGCCGAAGACUUCACGUGGGAACAUUACAUGAAGGUGUCCCAGAAUCGUCGCCUUGUGACUGUGGUGCGCGGAUUGAUGAGCAACACCAGCGCCGCCCCGGCGUGGCUUCGGUUGGUUGGAAUAGGGUGA